AUGGCGUAUCCACUGGGCAAAGGCUUCGACUUGGUAAAGGCGCUCAUGGGUUGGGUCGUUGUAUGCGUGCCUGUAGUGUGUGGGCUGAUGCUGGAGUUUGAGGGAGUGAAGAAGUGCAGCCGCCGUGCCGGUACAGUUCGACCGGCACUUUCAACGUAUACAGUGCGGAUUACGCUACAAACUUCCUCGAGCUUGGUGCCACGUGAUGAGUUUGGCCGUGAAGCCCAUUUGUGGGUUUUCCAGAUUACGACAGUCCUUACACACUCGGUAAGCGGAAGAGGUGUUGCUUUUGUUCUGGACCGACUGGGUUUUAUAACGAAAGCGAACGAGCAACCACAGCGCGUUGCGCUAGUUUUUGUGGUACCGAGCGACGUCGCUGAACAAUUCGAACGCCAAGAGAUCGAAGUGAAAAUAUCUAGCGAGGAGGGCGACUUGUGCAACGUGAAUGGUAUCGACGAUACACAAGAAAAAGCUCUUAAAGCUGCAGGAAUUUACACAGUCCGUGAUCUCCGAAAUGUGCUGGAGGGGGUGGAGACGUUGGGGACCGACGCACUAUCUGAGCUCCUGGAUUCGUUUGAAUUUCUCCGCGAAUUACUCCAUAAGCAUGACGAGACACAGCAACAACGAAAGUGGCUAACAGAUACCCUGAACGUCAUUCCGCAAUACGUGUGGGGUUUCGGGCCCUGCUAG